CUACUCUUACAUCUGCCAUAAUCGGCUUUGUCACUUACAAGCGCUUCAUUGAUGUAGUUCCUUUUUUUAACACGCAUCUACGCGCACCUACACACGACAGAACAAUAUGUAUCAUAAUUUAUUUUUAUUUAUAGUUGUGGUGAUUAGUUCCUGUAGUUUGAUCAGAUGUGAUAUGGGUGAUUUCUUAAGUGUACCCACAACAGUUAAAGCACAGGAAAAUAAUACUGUACUUCUACCUUGUUAUCUAAACACGGCUUCUAAUGACGGUUCUUUCAUUACGGCAAUCAAGUGGUACAAAGACGAUGAUCUUAUUGUUGAUAGUGCUGAUGAAGAAUUGCCUCUUCCAGAAGGUCAUAUGCUUUGGGAAAAUGGUUCUUUAGAAAUAUUUCGAGUUACUCCAAACGAUACAGGAACUUACAUAUGUGAAAUUAUUAGACCAGAACCGUGGUCUCCUAUCAAACAGCGUCAUGCUAUUGAAGUAUUACAUCCACCGUCCGUAGAACCUUUUCCACCUGAUGGAUUCUUACAAGUUAAACUUGGAGAAGAAGUAAGAAUGUCUUGCAAAGGGAGCGGUGUUCCAUAUCCAAUCAUAACUUGGUAUACGCAAGGAGAAGAAAUAAAACUUCUUAACCACAGAGAAUUAUUAAAAUUUACAGCUUCUGAUCGUCAGAUGGCAGGGAUUUAUGAAUGUAGAGCAGCCAAUGGAGUAGGAGAACCAGCUACAGCUCAAAUUGAACUGAAUAUAAUUUAUCCUCCAGAAUUAAUGACAUCUAGGUCAUGGAUACACACUGCGCCUGGACACCGCGUCCAACUUGAGUGUAAAAUCUCGGCAGAUCCACAAGCUACUGUUACUUGGACAAAAGGAGAUAUUCCUGUUCCUUUAGAUAGCAGAGUUGUAUCUUUAGUUGAUGGAGAUAAAUAUACAUUACUUAUUAAAAAUGUUCAAAAAAGCGAUUUCGGAAUUUACACGUGUAAAGCCAUCAACGAACUUGGGCAAGGCGAACUUCAGAUACAGUUAUCAGGUGUCCCGAACCCUGGAGUGUUCAAAAAAACUGAUGAUAAAAAUAUAAAUUCCAAAAACUCGUAUACGUUAAUUUGGGAAGUUGAUAGCUACACGCCCAUUAUUGAAUAUAAUUUGUGGUUUCAACCUUACAAACCUAAAACUGGUUUAAGUAAACCUGAGUGGACCAAGUUAACCAUCCCUACAGAACACAGUAGCUCUGGCCCUGUUUAUUCAAAAUCAUACACUAUCAAGGGUUUAAAAGAAAAAACCGUCUAUGAAGCACUUCUCGUAUCACGAAAUAGAUACGGAUGGUCAAAACCAUCACCAAUUUUAAGAUUUGCCACUCUUGGGGCAGAUUUAACCGAAGAAAUAAUCACUCCUGUACAGCAUCAUACUCAAGACAACAUCAUUCCUCUAGAUCUCAGUUCUGCUUCCAAAAUUCAUCGCUUGCACAUAUUUAGUUGUUUGGUUUCGUUUUCAGCAAUAAUUUAUUGUUUCAAUUUCUAAUAAACUCUUACAAAAAAAUUGGCGUAGCUCAGAGGUAAAACUUCUGCUUCAUAGAUCCAGGAUCGACGGAAUGAAAUUAGCUGGCGGCGCAUACCUUUUCUUUCAAUUAGAUAAGAUUUAAUCAAACUUUCAUUCUUUACUUCCCGGGCGUAAGCUAAGGAAGUAUUGUAAUCGGGUCUAUCGGGUGACUGAUUUUCAUAUUUUCUCGAUCGGUCAUGACCCCUAGAGUACGAAAAAAUGGGUAUUCCGUUUCCGUCCGUCCCGAUUUUUAUUAGACAGAUAAUCUCCGAAAGUACUGGGCCGAUUGUUGUCAAAUUUUGUAUAUAUUUAUAUUAGGAAUAUCAUGUAAAUGGUAAAACGCUGAUCAAAAUGUGUCUAAUCAUUCCCACCA